AGAGACUUCUGAGGAGAAGAGUUCAGCUGCUGACAACUCGGGCAAGAAGAAAUAGAUGAAGAAGCAAGGAAACGACGACACCGCCUUCAUCCCUCUGUCUUCUCCUACAGGGAGCGGCAGCCUGCAGAUCUACCAUGACUACCAGAAAGGGGGUUUUACGAUGUAUCCUGGUAAUGGCCAUGCCACAGAGAAUGGUUCCCACAAUCAGAGAGACAAGGUUGCCACCAAGAUGCCAGACUACGUUUCCAAAAGUCAAGACCAAAAGUACCAAGACGAGAGUGUGACCAGGAACUCCAUGUGGGUGAUGGAGUCGAGCAGCCAGGCCUACUGGGUGCCGGAGGACAACUCCACAGACCCACACGAGACCCUGACCGAGACCUCAACUCUGACCUUUGUAGACGCCCACACCAUGGAGGAUUUAACAGAGAACCACAGUCUCCACGGGAUGGGAAUGGUUUACCUCAAGGAGUUUGUCCUGAUAGAUGAUGACGAUGAUGGGGACAUGUCGCUAAGAGAGAAAACAGUCACAGACUUGACCGUCAUGGAUGGGAAAGCUGCUGACCUGGUGUGCGGGAGGCUGUUGUCCACCUCGACCGGCUCGUUGUCAGAGUGUAAAGAGGAAUCAGCGGCUCCUGAGGCCCCACCCUCCAAGGAAGUUAAGACUGGACAUGAAACGAGACGCUGCUGUUUCUGCACCCUCUUAUGACCCUGCAGCAGGUCCCAGGUUUGGAAUUCGCUGCAGCUUUUGUUUCAGAGACCAGGACUGGGAAGCCAUCCAUGAGGCACUCUGAGCACUCAUCAAACAUGCUGAGAUUUAUUUUAAACAGCCAUUAUUAUUAUUAUAUUAUAAGAUUUUCAUCUCAAACCUCAGCCAGUGAUGGUUUAUUCAGACUAGCUCCUCAUGUGAAUAUGAACUGUGCAGUAUGUGUGCUGAGAGGUGUAAUGCUAUGUGUUGAAUUUAAAUUAACAGAACAUGAUCAUGUCAGAUAAGAUAACAAUCUUUUUCAAGUUUUGCAUUUGCACAUGUCGAACCUCUAUGAUAAAACAUUUGGUACUGAAAAAAUGCAUGUUCAUGUAAUAUUUGAUCUGAAUAACGGACUGUGAUUUCAUUGAAGGUCUUGACAGA